UUUAUUCCCCACGCCUCACUCCCCUCCUCCCCCUCUCUCCUCUCUCCCUCUCUCCCACAGCGGAGCCGCCGCAAGCCUCGAGAGAGAAAGUCCAACCCUAGAUCCAGCCCGCGUCUCCGGCGAUCCGCGGCCAUGGCGACGCGCCGGGCCCUCUCGUCCCUGCUCCGAUCGGCGUCCCGCGUCCGCGGGGCCUCCCCUUCCCCGCUCCCCCGCGCGGCCCCGCACCGCCCGUCCCCGGCGGGCUACCUCUUCAACCGCGCCGCCGCCUACGCCACCUCCGCGGCGGCGCAGUCCAAGCCCACCACCACGCCGCCCCCCACCUCCGCCGGGAAGACCGGCCCGGGGAAGAUCACCGACGAGUUCACCGGCGCCGGCGCCGUCGGCCAGGUGUGCCAGGUCAUCGGCGCCGUCGUCGACGUGCGGUUCGAUGAGGGCCUCCCGCCCAUCCUCACGGCGCUCGAGGUGCUCGACAACAGCAUCCGCCUCGUGCUCGAGGUCGCGCAGCACUUGGGAGAGAACGUGGUGCGCACCAUCGCCAUGGACGGGACCGAGGGGCUCGUCCGCGGCCAGCGCGUCCUCAACACCGGCUCCCCCAUCACUGUUCCUGUCGGCAGGGCAACACUUGGACGUAUCAUUAACGUCAUUGGGGAACCGAUUGAUGAGAGGGGUGACAUAAAGACCAACCACUUCCUUCCUAUUCAUCGUGAGGCCCCCGCUUUUGUUGAGCAAGCCACAGAGCAGCAAAUUCUUGUUACUGGAAUCAAGGUUGUGGAUUUGCUUGCGCCUUACCAAAGAGGUGGGAAAAUUGGGCUUUUCGGUGGUGCAGGAGUCGGUAAAACUGUCCUUAUUAUGGAGUUGAUCAACAAUGUUGCCAAGGCCCAUGGUGGUUUCUCUGUGUUUGCUGGAGUCGGAGAACGUACCCGUGAAGGCAAUGACUUGUACAGAGAAAUGAUUGAAAGUGGUGUCAUUAAGCUUGGUGACAAGCAGAGUGAAAGCAAAUGUGCCCUUGUCUACGGGCAAAUGAAUGAACCACCGGGUGCUCGUGCUCGUGUUGGAUUGACUGGCUUGACUGUUGCUGAACAUUUCCGUGACGCUGAAGGACAAGAUGUGCUUCUAUUUAUUGACAACAUUUUCCGUUUCACCCAGGCAAACUCUGAGGUGUCUGCUCUUCUUGGACGUAUUCCAUCUGCUGUGGGAUACCAACCAACUCUUGCUACUGAUCUUGGAGGACUGCAAGAGCGGAUUACGACGACAAAGAAGGGUUCUAUUACAUCUGUCCAAGCUAUUUAUGUGCCUGCUGAUGACUUGACUGAUCCUGCCCCUGCUACCACCUUCGCCCAUCUUGAUGCUACUACUGUGCUGUCACGUCAGAUUUCUGAGCUCGGUAUUUAUCCUGCUGUCGAUCCUUUGGACUCUACAUCUAGAAUGCUUUCUCCCCAUGUGCUGGGUGAGGAGCACUACAACACUGCUCGUGGUGUUCAGAAGGUUCUUCAGAAUUACAAGAAUCUUCAAGAUAUUAUUGCAAUUUUGGGCAUGGAUGAGCUCAGUGAGGAUGAUAAGUUGACAGUUGCUCGUGCGAGGAAGAUUCAGCGGUUCCUGAGCCAGCCUUUCCAUGUUGCUGAAGUUUUCACUGGUGCUCCAGGGAAGUAUGUGGAGCUUAAGGAGAGUGUCCAAAGUUUCCAGGGUGUUCUGGAUGGGAAGUACGAUGACCUUUCUGAGCAGUCAUUCUAUAUGGUGGGAGGCAUUGAUGAAGUCAUUGCCAAGGCUGAGAAAAUCGCCAAGGAGAAUGCUUGAUAAUGGAGAUAGCUCCAUUGUUCAACCCUGUACAAGUUAAAUUUUUGAAUUUUAAGCAGUUCGUUCGGACGUGCUCACAAGCAGGAGUGCCAUCUCUUGUUGAGGGAUCCUUGUUUUUGGUUUUUACAACACUUUACUCCUAAUAAGCAAUUGCAGUGACAUUGAUUUUGCCUGCACCAAAAGUACUUGGCUUGGAGAAGUUGUGCCCUUUGUAAUGCAUAGCCAACAGAUCAUGAAUUAUGUUGUUUAGUUAUGUUUGUCAGAGUUGUCGGUUCCCCUCC